GUGAAUAUACAUAAUGAGGAGCAGUUACUUUCUUAAAAUGUUUUAUGCGUUGCUGCUACUGCUUUUAUUGCAUACCUCAAGUUCUACUCUCGGAUUCAACUUGACUAGUAAAAUUAGUGAACAAGUAAAUUGCAUUGAGAGGGAAAGACAAGCACUCCUCAACUUCAUACAAGGCCUCCAUGAUCCCUAUGGCAUGCUGUCUACAUGGAGAGGGGGAGAUUGUUGCAAAUGGAGAGGUAUUGAAUGCAACAAUGAAACAGGUCAUGUACUUAUGCUUGAUCUUCGUGGUCACGAUACACAAUAUUUGAGAGGUGCAAUCAAUAUCACUCCAUUGAUUGACUUGCACUAUUUCGAAUAUUUGGACCUCAGCGAUAAUGAAUUUUUUCAGAGUCACAUCCCAGAACUCAUGGGCUCCUUCGCCAAGUUAAGAUAUCUCAAUCUCUCUUAUGCUGCAUUUGGUGGGAGGAUUCCUUAUCAGCUUGGAAAUCUCUCACAACUUCAAUAUCUUGGUCUUGGAGGAAAUUAUCUUUCUGGAGUAAUACCUUUGCAGAUUGGGAAUCUCUCAAAACUUCAGUAUCUUGAUCUUGGAGGAAAUUCAUUUUCUGGAGCAAUCCCUUUUCAAAUUGGGAAUCUUCAUAUGUUGAAUACUCUUAGGCUCGGUGGAGAUUUUGAUGUCAAAACUAAGGAUGCAGAGUGGUUGUCUAAUUUGCAUUCCUUAACAAUUCUUGAGUUGAGGUCAUUUCCUAAUCUUGUCUCUUCUCAUCACUGGCUUCAAACCAUCAGUACGCUUAUUCCAAACUUAAGAGAGUUAAGGCUAAUUGCUUGUAGUCUUUUAGAUAAUGAUAUUCGAUCUUUGUUUCAUUCUCAUUCUAACUUUUCCACUUCUCUCACCAUCCUUGAUCUCUCUUUCAAUAUGCUGACAUCGUCAACAUUUCAAUUGUCAAACAUUAGCCUUAAUCUUGAGGAGCUUUAUCUUUCUCAUAAUGAUUUUCGUUCAUCAGCUCCUCUCUAUCCAGACUUCCCUUCUCUCCUGAUCCUUGACCUCUCUUAUAAUAAUCUGACAUCAUCAAUGCUUCAAGAUGACUUCAACUUCAGCUCCAAACUUCAACGGCUUUCUCUACAAAAUUGUAGUCUUUUGGAUAGAAGUUUUCUUGUACCACCUGCCUUUAAUAUGAACUUUUCAUCUUCUCUUGUCUCCCUUGAUCUUUCUAAUAACUUGCUGACUUCAUCGACUAUAUUCCGUUGGCUUUUUAACUUCACCACCAAUCUUCAUACAGUUGACCUUCAAGGGAACUUCUUAGAAGGUCCCAUUCCAGAAGAAUUUGGGAAAGUUAUGAAUUCUCUUGAAUAUCUUUCCCUCCCCUACAACAAACUGCAAGGAGAGAUUCCAACUUUAUUUGGGAAUAUGUGCACCUUACAGACAUUAGACCUCUCAUAUAACAACUUGAGUGGGGAUCUUUCCAGCUUCAUACAGAAUUCUUCAUGGUGCAAUAGACACAUAUUGCAGAGCUUGGAUUUAUCUUAUAACCGAAUUACUGGCAUGAUCCCUAAAAGCAUCGGAUUACUAUCUGAGUUGGAAGAUCUGUACUUGGGGGGGAAUUCUUUGGAGGGUGACGUCACUGAAUCGCAUCUCUCUAAUUUUUUCAAAUUAAGGGUCUUGGAAUUAUCAUCCAACUCACUAUCUCUAAAAUUUGAGUCUAGCUGGGUUCUUGCAUCUUGCAAGUUGGGUCCGAGUUUUCCUAGUUGGCUCCAAACUCAGAGUUCCAUAAUCUAUCUGGAUAUUUCUGAUGCUGGGAUUAAUGACUCUGUACCGGAAUGGCUUUGGUACAACUCACAAUAUAUUGAUUGGAUGAAUAUGUCUCAUAACAAUCUCAUGGGUGCAAUUCCAAAUUUACCAUUCAAGCUUCCUCUUAAACCGUCUAUACUUUUGAAUUCAAACCAAUUUGGGGGUGCAAUUCCGUCUUUUCUGCUACAAGCUUCAGACCUUAUGCUUUCCCAAAAUAAGUUUUCAGAUUUAUUUUCAUUCUUGUGUGACAAAAGUGAAACUGCAAACUUGGCCACUUUAGAUUUAUCAAUCAAUAAACUAAAGGGACAACUGCCAGAUUGUUGGAAAUCUGUAAACUCAUUAUUGUUUCUUGAUUUAAGCAAUAAUAACUUGUCAGGGAGGAUUCCACCGUCUAUGGGCACACUUGUUAAAUUGGAAGCUUUGGUUUUACGAAACAACAGUUUAAUGGGUGAAAAUUUGUUGUUCGGUCCAAUACCAUCAUGGAUAGGAGAAAAUAUGCAGCAAUUGAUCAUCUUGACCAUGCGAGGUAAUGACUUCUCUGGAAAUCUACCUAUUCAUCUAUGUAAUUUAAGGCGUAUUCAACUGUUGGAUCUUUCAAGGAAUAACUUAUCUAAAGGAAUUCCAACAUGCUUUAAGAAUUUCACUGCAAUGUCUGAAAAGAGCAUUAACUCAACUGAAACUCGGAGUCAUAUAUAUUCGGACAACAGUACAUUGUCUGAAAUUUAUGGUUUAUUCUAUCCCGGUGAUGAUUAUACCCUUUACAUAACGUUGAUGUGGAAAGGUGAGGAAUAUGGGUUCAAGAAUCCAGAGUUUCUUCUUAAGAGCAUUGAUCUGUCAAGUAACAAUUUAACAGGUGAAAUACCAAAAGAGGUUGGAUAUUUGCUUGGCUUAGUUUCUUUGAAUUUAUCAAGAAACAAUUUGAGUGGGGAAAUCCCUCCAGAGAUUGGGAAUUUGAGUUUUCUAGAUUUUCUAGACUUAUCAAGAAAUCAUUUUUGGGGAAAAAUUCCUUCUACUCUUUCCAAAAUUGAUCGUCUUGCAAAGCUAGAUUUAUCAAACAACUCUCUCUCUGGAAGAAUUCCAUUUGGAAGACAAUUGCAGACUUUUGAUGACUCUAGUUUUGAAGGAAAUCUGAAUCUUUGUGGUGAACAACUUAACAAAACCUGUCCUCAAGAUGAGACAAAGGGAAAGCCUCAAGGAUCCGCAAUUCAUGGUGAAAAUGACAAUUCAGCUUUCUAUGAAGCGUUAUACAUG